AUGGCCCCCUAUCUCUUUCUCUGCCUAUUCCUCUUCUUUCCCCAUCUUUAUGCUUCUUUUUCUUCUUCAGGAUCUCACUCCUGCUCUUCAUUAAUCCAGUUCAAGAACUCUUUUUCCAUCACAGAGGCUACUUUUUUUGAUUGCGGUAGUUUUGAUGGCCCUAAAUCUUAUCCCAAGACCAAUUCAUGGAAGGAGGGUACAGAUUGCUGCUCAUGGGAUGGGGUCACUUGUGACCACCUAAAUGCUCAUGUUAUUGCCCUUGACUUGAGCUGCAGUUGCCUAUAUGGCAACUUCCCUUCCAAUACCACUCUCUUCCUUCUUCCUCACCUUCAAAAACUCAACCUUGCCUACAAUGAUUUUAAUCUUUCCAAAAUUCCAUCCGAGUUCGGUCGGUUUACAAGCCUAUUCUACCUCAACCUUUCCAAUACAGGGUUUGCAGGAGAAGUCCCAUCCCAAGUCUCCCACCUGUCAAAACUGGUUUCACUUGAUCUCUCCGAUUGGGCUUAUGAACAACUUACAAUUGACAAACAUGCUCUGGAGGGACUUGUUCACAACCUAACCGAGGUCAGACAUCUGUUUUUGGAUGGAAUCAACAUGUCUUCUGUUAAUGCUCAUGUCUUCAUGAAUCUAUCCUCUUCUCUAAGGGCUCUCAGUCUUGCUCGUUGUGAUUUGCAAGGAAAAUUCCCAAAAAACAUUUUUGAUUUGCCAAACCUCAAUCGCCUCUACUUGGGAGACAACCAAUUGAGUGGACAAAUUCCAAGAUCAUUGGGGAACUACUUGCAACUCACUCAUUUAGACUUGUCUUGGAACCAAUUGAGUGGACAAAUUCCAUUUUCAAUUCUAAACCUAAUGCAGCUUGCAUACUUAAGAAUAGUUGGAAAUACAUUAGAAGGUUCCAUUCCAGAUGAGGUAACCGCUUUUCCUAAUCUAAUAUCUUUAGACUUAACAAACAAUUUACUCAAUGGAACACUUCCGUCAUGGUUGUAUACUGCUCCCUCCUUAAAGGAUAUAUCAAAGAAUUCCAAUCCAAAUCACUAG